AUGGUGCCCCUUAAAAUCUCAAUAACUUUUUUCAUUUUCUUCCAGGUGGCUAUCAAAUACAUUGCCAAGGAGCGAGUCUUGCAGUUCCAUCACAUGAAUGGCACCCUUGUUCCUUUGGAAGUCCUCCUGCUGAAGAAAGUGUCGUCUCCGGGUUGCCGAGGCAUUAUCCGCCUUCUGGAUUGGUUCGAGCAGCCCGACUCCUACUUCAUUGUUAUGGAACGGCCCCCUGCGUCUCGGGACCUGUUCGACGUCAUCACAGACCGUGGGCCGCUCCCGGAGAAUGUGGCUGCGAGCUAUUUCCGACAGGUGGUGGAGGCAGUGCGCCAUUGCCACAUGUGUGGUGUGUUGCACAGAGACAUAAAAGACGAGAACAUUCUUGUAGACCUCCUGCGCCCGACUCCUACUUCAUUGUUAUGGAACGGCCCCCUGCGUCUCGGGACCUGUUCGACGUCAUCACAGACCGUGGGCCGCUCCCGGAGAAUGUGGCUGCGAGCUAUUUCCGACAGGUGGUGGAGGCAGUGCGCCAUUGCCACAUGUGUGGUGUGUUGCACAGAGACAUAA